AUGAAGCUCGUCACUACUCAGCCAGAAGAAACAGUUUCUGACGAGGAUGAUGGAUGGGACGAUUAUCGGGUGAUGAACGCACACACAAGUCGCAAUAUUAACAACAGCAACAAAGCAAAAGAGACGGUGAAUGGGGAAAAGACGGCUGCUUUUGGAGUGAUACCUGAAAAGAUGAACGAAUGGAUGACCAGAAAUGGUUCGAAAGGAGACAUUCAAGUAUCUAAUCAGAUGCCUUUCUCACUUGGAUCCACUGACAUUUCAAAGAAUACGCUCAACUGUAGUGGCAACUCUCCCGUGCCGGAUAUGUGGGGACCUCUGGUUAAAGCUGGCAAUGAAAAAAAGUCUUCAAAUUGGGCCGCUAACGAGUUCUUUUCAAAAGGCGACAGUGCUUGGAACAACGCUCUCGUGCGUGAGAAGCCAUCAACUCGCGGGCCUUGGCGGGGUAACUAUGGCGAGUUUGUGCCCGAUUUACCGAAGCGUGAACCGAUCGAUUCGAAGAGGCAGCUUUUUCAUCAAACGUCAUCUAAUGUCUUUGGUCUGCCGAGCCCACAAAAGCCGGAGAAACGCAUCGCUCGCGAAUCGUUGCAAGGUUUUGAGAGGGUUCUCAGGAUGAACAAAGCCGUCAACUCGCGUCGAGAGAACAAAUUGGCAGAGAAUGCCAAGAAGCUUUUCCAACGUUCGAAGACGCCCGAUUCAGAGCCUCACCUAUCGCAGCAGUACUUCAUGAAGCCUCCUGAGAUGAAGCGAGUGCCCUACGAGUCGUUUCUUUCACGAACAUUCACACCAUCUGAUGUUUCAAUGAUGCCAAAAUUCUCGGGCAACAACUACGGAAUGAGCGAUCGCUUAAACAGCAAUCACAACAACAAGGUGCCCUAUCCGAUGAAUUUCGAUCCACGACGUGCACAAAAUGCGAUCACCCCGGGGAAGCGGGCAGGCAGCGAGAUGCAAGAAGUCGCACCGUCAUCGCGUUCUUAUCGUAUCAUCGAGGGCACUAGACGCUUGUUCAAUAGUAAGGAGAUUCGUGACUUUGUAAGGAUGACUGAUCAACAGACGUAUUACAUGCUCGCCGAGGAUCUGGCUUUUUUC